UAUAUGCAGCCUGGUGCUGUUGUUUGUGAGUACAUACGCUUUACAGAGCUCAAACCCACAGCCGGACAGCCACACUGCCCCCACCAUGAGAGAGUUCAAGAGCAAGGACUUCUGGAGGGCUGUUCUGGCCGAACUGGUUGGCAUGACCCUUUUUAUUUUCCUCAGCAUCUCCACAGCUAUUGGAAACAAAAACAAUGGCAACCCAGACCAGGAGGUGAAGGUGUCGCUAGCCUUCGGCCUGGCCAUCGCCACGCUGGCCCAGAGUUUAGGCCACAUCAGUGGAGCCCACCUCAAUCCUGCAGUUACUCUCGGGAUGCUUGCCAGCUGCCAGAUCAGCGUGUUCAAGGCGGUCAUGUACAUUGUGGCCCAGAUGCUGGGUUCAGCCCUGGCCAGUGGCAUUGUAUAUGGAGCACGGCCAAGUACCAAUGAUGCACUGGGCCUUAACUCUCUCAACGGUGUCACUCCCAGCCAAGGCGUAGGCAUAGAGCUCCUGGCAACCUUCCAGCUGGUGCUGUGUGUCAUUGCAGUCACUGAUAAAAGACGGCGUGAUGUCACCGGCUCUGCACCACUGGCCAUUGGCCUCUCAGUCUGCCUGGGACACUUGGCAGCUAUCAGCUACACAGGCUGUGGCAUCAAUCCUGCUCGCUCCUUUGGUCCGGCUUUGAUCCUAAACGAUUUCACGAACCACUGGGUGUACUGGGUGGGGCCAAUGUGCGGUGGAGUAGCAGCAGCUCUCAUGUACGAUUUUCUGCUGUCCCCCAAAUUUGAUGACUUUCCUGACCGCAUGAAGGUCCUGGUCAGCGGCCCCGUCGGGGACUAUGACAUAAACGGAGGCAACGACGCUGCAACUGUGGAGAUGACGUCAAAAUAGUUCCACACAAUCACAGCCACUUAGUUUCAUUGUACAUGUUUAUGCUCCUGUAAAAAA